UGUUUCUGUUUCCUGCAUUGCUGUACUGUGGGAGGGGUUCUGUUUGCACUGCUUUAAAUUGCUGUUUUUUAAGUGGGAAGAUUUAGUUCCUGCUAAUAAAAGCUCCUUUUCGAACAACUUCAGUUUCAAGAGUCCUGCUUUCUUGCAAAGAUUUGGAGAGAACAUUUGCAUUUGCAGAGGAAUAAAUUGUCAGAAAUAUGGAUUCUCCACCAAAUAAACUUCCCCUGUGGAUGACGGAACCAAACAGUGAAGAUAUUGUAGAUGACAAAAAGCAGAAGAAUUCAUUCCAACCAAGUGUCCUGGAAGAUAACCUUCCAUUCUUAGAAUACAACGGCUCUAUCAUCUACAGCUAUAAUGCUGCGGAUUGUUCCUUGAUCUCGGAAGAUAUUCUCAAUACCUUGCCUGUUGGAGCUGUGUUAGGAUUUGACAUUGAAUGGCCAGCCAUUUAUGCUAAAGGGAAGGAAGGAAAAGUUGCCUUAGUCCAGUUAUGCGAGUCUGAAACCAAGUGCUACUUAUUUCACAUCUCUUCUAUGACAAGUUUUCCUGUGGGACUGAAAAGGUUGCUUGAAAAUAACACUAUUAGAAAAGCUGGAGUUGGUAUUGAAGGGGAUAAAUGGAAGCUGAUGCGAGAUUUUGAAAUCAAACUGGAGAAUCUUGUGGAUUUGGGUGACCUUGCUAAUGAAAAGCUAAAAUGUAAGGAGAUAUGGAGUUUAAAUGGCCUUGUCAAACACCUAUUCCACAAACAGCUUGUGAAAGACAAAUUGGUCCGCUGUGGUAACUGGGAAUGCUUUCCAUUAACUGAGGAGCAAAAGCUGUAUGCAGCUACAGAUGCAUAUGUGGGCUUCCUUAUUUACCAAAACCUAAUAAAUUUGAGUAAUGAUAAGCAGAUGCAUAUUUGUUUAAAAACAGAUGGAAAGUUGCUGCCGAAUGAAAUUAAAAAUGAAUUGACAUCUUUGUCCAAGGAGGUGCUAGAUUUGGCUCAUUGUGUUCCUGCUACUUUUCACCAAUCUAUACAUAUUCAAAGUGCAACAGAAAUAUUGGCUGAUAUUUCAAAAAAUAUUAAAGCUCUAAGGGACAUUUUACUUAUUAAAUCUAAUUGCCAAAUGGAGCUGGAAGAGGCUGCCGAUGGAGUAUCUAAAUUGACUUCCAAGAUCAUUUGUAAGUCAGAUCGUAAUAUUGACGACAAAACAGCUGGUGUUCAAAACCCCCAUAUAAAAAAUGAAGAAGAACUUGGUAAGAAAGAUCAUACAGUGGAUGCUUCAGACACAAUCUUUAAAAAAUCUACAGAAAAUGAAUUCUCAAUGUCACUAGACAUAACUGAAUAUGAACUUCAAAUGAUGGAACGUCAGGCUGAGGAAGAAAUGCGACUUGAAGCAGCUGGUAUGCCUGAGAAUUUACAACCUAUAGAAGAUGAUCAUGGUGCCACCAUGGAAAGUGAUUAUGAACUUGAAAUGGAAAUGCUUAAGCUCCAAUCUUUAGAAGACACAGACAAGAGCAAGUUGAAUUCUAACCAGGGGAGUUUAGAGAAGCAAAGUGACCAUGUUGCCGAGGAUGAAGGAGAAGAGGGCAUUGAGGAGGAAGAGGAAAGUUGGGAUUCCAACUUACCUAAACCCAGCAGUAAACAAAUUGCUUGUCUCAAGAAGUAUUUUGGUCACUCAAGUUUUAAACUGGUCCAGUGGAAAGUGAUCUCCUCAGUUUUGCAAGAAAGAAAAGAUAAUCUAGUUGUUAUGGCAACUGGAUAUGGAAAGAGCCUAUGCUUUCAGUUUCCACCUGUGUGCACUGGAGGUACCGGUAUAGUAAUUUCCCCUCUUAUUUCUUUGAUGGAGGACCAAGUACUACAACUCAAAAUGUCAGGAGUUCCAGCUUGCCUCCUUGGAUCAGCACAGUCAAAAAAUGUCAGAGAGGAAAUCAAAGCGGGCCAGUAUAGAGUUGUCUAUUUAACUCCGGAAUUCUGUUCAGGGAAUCUCUUGUGGCUUCAGCAAAUUGACAAAGCAAUUGGUAUCACAUUAAUUGCGGUUGAUGAAGCUCACUGUAUUUCUGAGUGGGGACAUGACUUCAGAAAUUCUUUCAGGUCUUUGGGGUUGUUAAAGAAAACCCUUCCAAAGGUUCCUAUUAUUGCAUUGACUGCAACAGCAAGCUCUUCAAUUAGGGAGGAUAUAAUAGAAUGUUUGAAUUUAAGAAAUCCUCACAUUACUUGUACCAGUUUUGACCGACCUAAUCUAUACCUAGAAGUUAGGCGAAAAUCGGGAAAUAUAAUCCAGGAUUUAUUGCAGUUCCUCAUUCAGAAAGACAAGUCUACAUAUGAAUUUGAGGGCCCCACCAUUGUUUACUGUCCAUCAAGGAAGACUACUGAACAAGUAGCUGCAGAGCUAAGAAAAUUAAAUCUAGUUUGUGGUAUAUACCAUGCUGGCAUGGGAAUCAAGGAAAGAAGAGCUGUCCACCAUAAAUUCAUGAGAGAUGAAAUUCCGUGUAUAGUCGCUACUAUAGCCUUUGGAAUGGGCAUUAAUAAAGCAGACAUUCGGACAGUUAUACAUUAUGGAGCCCCAAAGGAAAUGGAAUCAUACUACCAGGAAAUUGGAAGGGCUGGUCGUGAUGGGCUUCCAGCCUCUUGCUAUGUAUUGUGGACUCCAGCUGACAUGAGCUUCAAUAGACACCUAAUCAGUGACAUACCGGCUGAAAACUUUCGCCUGUACAAACUGAAGAUGAUGGCCAAGAUUGAGGAAUAUCUAUGCUUAAAAAGCUGCAGGCGGAGAAUCAUCUUGUCUCAUUUUGAAGACAAACAACUCCGAAAGGCAUCAAGAGGCAUCAUGGGAACAGAAAAAUGUUGUGAUAAUUGCAGAUCGAGGAACAUUCUUUGUGCUUCGGAAAUUAGCCCUCAACGGAUUUUUGAAGAUUUUGGUCAGCAAGCAAGCAAACUGAUGUCUGCAGUAUGUACUCUAAAGGAGAGAUUUGGCAUGGGGGUUCCAAUAUUGUUUCUCAGAGGAUCUUCUUCUAAGCGUCUCCCAGACAAUUUCCGGAGUUACGCUCUGUUUGGAAGCGGGAAGGAUUGGCCAGAGCACUCAUGGAAGGCAUUGGGCCGACAUCUCAUGCUUGAGGGUUUUCUUAAAGAAGUUUCUGGUCAAAACAAGUUUCAAGUCAUGUGCAUGCUUACUGAGAAGGGUAAAGAUUGGCUCAGUAAAUCAAGACAAGGGCAGACACAAAGCCUUUUCCUUCCAUCUGAUGAGGAGCUAUGCUUAAAGAAACCUACUCCAAGUAAUAAACAAAUCUCUGCAGAAGCAGGACAUGUUUCCAGUACUGGGUUACCUCUGUCAACACUCAGGAAACAGAACACUCCUCUGCAUGAAAUGUUUUCCUAUUCAGAAAUUAGUAAGAGGUCCAGCCAGAGUAUACUUUCAGAUAAAAGUAGUGGCCCUAUGCAGUUAUCACAGCCUUCCACCUCUCUGAGUGAUACAGAAACUGUUAUAUCUGAAAGGGAGAAGGAAUUGCAGACUGUACUGUAUGGCAAAUUAGUGGCAGCCAGGCAGAAACUUGCCAGUGAAAAAGAUAUCCCUCCAGCUGUGCUUGCAACAAAUAAAGUGCUGGUUGAUAUGACUCUGAUAAGGCCUACAACUGUGGAAAUUAUGAAGAGAAUUGAUGGCAUUUCUGAAGCUAAAUCUACCAUGUUGGCUCCUCUUCUAAACAUAAUCAAGGAAUUCUCCCAGACAAAUAAUUUACAGACAGACAUCUUCAAGAAUUCUGGAAUGAGAGAUCAGCCAGAUACAGUCCUUCAGGUGGACAAUGAGUACAACACCCCAACAGAAUCAGGAGAACAUAAAACUUACUCAAGGUUUCAAGAUAAGAGUAGGUUCAUGGAGGAUUCAGUGAAGCCACUUAUUCAGGAAUCUAAUUCUGAAUCCUAUAGAAAUAUAAAGCAGAAUGCUUCAUGUACAGAUUCUUUAUCCUGGAUACAAUGUAAUAAGGAAGAGCAAGUCCUUAAUCCUAAAGAGGAUGUCCAGAGCACUCAGAGUGCUAUCAAAUUGGCUUCAUGGAACCAGAAUUCAGCUAAUGUUGAGGAAGAUCUGUUUACUGAUUCCCAGUCAGAGGUGUUAAGUCAGCCUUCAAAGAGGAAAUUACCAGAGUGGUUUGAAACAUCAAAGGAAAUAAUUCCUCCUGUUAAAGUAUCUAAAAAAUCCAGAGGAGGGAGUAAAGGACUCUUCAGUUGAAACUGGAAAUGGCACAACAAUGUAUUUACAAAUAACAACUUCAUGAAGAUGACAUUCUUCUACUUUAUUGUGAGUUUUCCAUUAACAUCUCUUCCAGAAAAAUUAAUGGGACUUAUCAAACUCUGCAAGUGAGCCCAGGCAAAGAAAGAAGAAAAAGAUUAAUAGUUUAAAUCAGAGUGCACAUUGCACAGAAUAUUCUUCACAAUGUAUGUGUUAUGUAUUGAUGUGAAUUGUUCUUUCUCAGAUUUAAUCACCUAUUAAGGAGGAUAUCUGAACCUGUAUUCAGAAGCAGCUGACUUCUCAAAAAUACAUAAGGUUCCACUUCAAAUACUAUGUUGACAUUUAAGAGAACUGUGUUUUCAUGAAAUGGACAUGCCCAUAUUUUUUAUUUGUAAUACACUAUUUUUAAGGAAGACAUUCCGGUGAAAAAUAAUAUUAAAAAGCAGGAUACCAUGUGCAAUGCUACUUAAUUUUUUAAAAUUGUUAACUUUUUUUCCUUCUCUUGCACUUACUUUUGGCACUUUCCUACAAAAAAUAAAACUUAUUUAUCAUUAAAA